AAGGAUUUCAUGGAAGUAUGCUUGCAAUGGUCGCUAAUGAAGCUUAUCGAAAAGGUCAAAAGAUAAUUCUCAUUGAAGCAUUAAAGGAAAUUUUAACUAAACAUAGAAAUGGUGACGAUAUGGCUCACGUUGAUAUAUUUAUUUUACUUAGAUGUUUAAUACGAAUGACUAAUAGUUCGCUUUCUAAAAAUGAAUCAACAGAAAGAACCUCGCUUAUGGAUUGUAUAUGUGGAUAUUUUGAACUUGCAUCGAAUUUAAUCGAAUCAUAUGGUGAAAAUACCAUUGUUCAUUAUGAAAACGAAGGUCACGUAAAGAAAAAUAAUAAAAUAUCUUUGAAAGAUCUUGAAUGGUUUUUCAAGAUGGCAUGGAAUAUAGCUCUAGAAUUUUGUCAACAUGAAGAAGGAGGUAGUGACUUAUUAGCUAUUCGAUUAUUUGAUGUUGCUUACAAGUUUCUUGGUAAUUAUCCUGAAGAAACAAUAGAAAAUAUUAAUAGAAAAAAGUUAUGCCUUUUUGCUUCUUUAUGUGGAAAAUUAUUCCUUUCUCGGGAACAAGAAUCAAUACUUCAAAAG